AUGAAGGGGUAUGAAGACUUUAGAAGGGACCUGGCCUCCUAUGGCCAAACCCACAUCUUGAAUUUUUGGGAUGAACUGACUAAUGAGCAGCGCGCUAUGUUAAUCAAUGAUUUUUUAGAAAUCGAUUUUGACCUUCUUAGUCAUUAUUUCGAAAGGUUGGAAAAUAGCCAUUCAGGUAUUGAAGAGAAAAUCUUACCCCCCGACGCGUCUGCAUGUUGUUCUUUAAAAUUUUUAAGAGAGCACUCACCCGAAACGCUGGAACUCUAUAAGGAUACAACUGGGGGUCAAGGGACUCGUUUAGGUGUCUCUGACCCAAAAGGAAUGUUUAACGUUCAUCUGCCAUCUAAUAGCUGCCUAUACAAAUUGCAAGCAGAAGGACUGAAUAAUAUCGCAUCACUCGUCGGAAAAGUGUUUGGAUCACCCUGCCAUAUUCCUUGGUAUAUCAUGACUUCUGGUCAUACGAGAGAAUUAACAGAAUCGUACUUUAAGUCACAUAAUUAUUUUGGCAACGACCCGAAUAAUGUUGUAUUCUUUGAACAAUAUUCAAUACCAUCUGUAGAUUUUGAUGGAAAGAUCCUCAUGGAGUCAAAAUUCAAGAUAUGCCUUUCGCCUGAUGGCAACGGCGGACUAUAUAGGGCGUUGCUCGACCGAGGCAUACUUGCAGACAUGGCUUCUAGAGGCGUGGAAUAUGUCCAAACCUACUGCGUGGACAACAUUUUGAUAAAGAUGGCUGAUCCAUAUUUUAUUGGCUAUUGUAUUGAGAAGGGAGCAGACUGUGCUGCAAAGGUUGUUCAGAAGAUAGAACCAACAGAACCUAUUGGUGUUUUGGGGAUAAUUAAUAAAAAAUAUCAAGUAAGGGUAAAGAUUUUUCUCUGCAAUGGUCUUUGA